AUGGCACCCAAGCCCGCCUCAACUGCCAGCAAGGCCCCUGCCUCUACUACCGCCUCCAAGGCCCCCGCUAAGGCUGAGACCAAGGCGAAGAAGACUGCCUCAAAGACCAGUGGUGCCGCUGGCGGCGAUGGUGAAAAGAAGAAGCGCAAGAAGGCGCGCAAGGAGACCUACUCUUCCUACAUCUAUAAGGGCGUGGCAGUCCUCAAGCAGGUCCACCCAGACACUGGUAUCUCGAACAAGGCGAUGGCCAUUCUCAACUCGUUCGUGAACGACAUCUUCGAGCGCAUUGCUACCGAGGCGUCAAAGCUCGCGUCAUACUCAAAGAAGUCAACCAUCUCCUCGCGCGAGAUCCAGACGUCCGUCCGCCUCAUUCUCCCCGGUGAGCUCGCCAAGCACGCCAUUUCUGAGGGUACCAAGUCCGUUACUAGUAUGUCGUUCCUUUGUUGA